CUUCCGACCAUCUCUAGGCAAAACCCUUUGGUACCAGAAGUGGAUCCACACGCAUCUCCAGUCCGUCUAUCUUGUCUCGCCCCUGCCACCUUCCGCACUCCUCCUUGGCUUCUUUGCCACUCCGGGAGGGGUGGGAGGAGAAACUGCACUUUCUUUUUGUGCAUGUGAGAGUACCUUGUCCUGUACCGCCGUUAUCUCUCGCAGCCGCUCCGAACCCGCGCCGAGAUUUUCGUUUAUUUCAUUUAGUUUUUCUUUUUCAGCGUUCGCAUAUUUUCCUUUAUUUUUCACUCGAAGGAUGCAGGAGGAGUUAGGCAGUUCAGGGACGGAUGGGGGUUUCGUUUAUCCUUAUUUUUCUCCCCUCGCCAGUUCUUGAAAGACCAGAAGAAGAACUAAACCAGACAUUCAUUUUCCGACGGCGUCUCUCUCGCUCCUACCCCUCUCCGCCGGACAGGUGAUUUAACAAAACCUCAAUUUAUAACCCCCCAUCCUCCCAAAAAAAAAAGGAAAAAAAAAGAGAGAAGAAAGGAGGGAGGGACGCAUUGUUACCCCGACCCACGGCGUGCCUGUGCGCCGGGCCGCGGUGGAACAAAGCCGGCAGCGCCGCGGCGGGCUCCGCGCCCCGGGCUCCGGGCUCCGCGCCCCGGGCCGGGAGCAGCGGGGCUGCCACAGGGAAGGAGAGGCUGUGGGGGUGGGAGAGAGGGAAUAAUCCCAGACGGUGCCGGUGCUGUCGCCGCAUCGCUUUUGUUAUUUAUCGCGGUCGGGGAAGAGGAGGAAGAAAAGCAAGGGGCACUUUCCUCCUCUAAAACCAACCAGCCGAAGCCGCCGGUGCGCUGCAGCCGCUGCUCCGGACAAACGGGAGGAGGAGGACUUUGAUGGGGAAAAGCUUUUUCUGCCCUGAUGCAUCGUAAGUAACUUAAGUUGUUAUUUAUACUCGGCAAACAAACACGACAAAAAUCUCUGGAGCGCUGGAGGCCGCGGCGAGGGAUGAGAUCUGCCUUUCCCCAUUCGAGCAGGACACUUUCUUGCUCGUAAUUAAUUUUAUUUGAUUUAGAUUUUUUAAAUUUUUCCAUGCUCCACUCCCGGAGAGUCAUUUGAACUGUAAAGAAAUCUGUAAAGAAAUCGCCGAGGGGGCGAGGGGACCUGGAAAGAGAGGCCAUCCAAACGACUCCACCGAGGCUCCUCCGCCCCCUCCAAGAUGAUGCUUAGCCCGGAACAAGCUGCCGACUCCGACCACCCCUCCUCGGCGCCCUCCGACCCGGAGUCCCUGAGCGGCGCGGACGCCCAGGCGCUCAGCUGCUGCGUCUCCGACCCGGAGCCCGCCGAGGGCGGCGGCGGCGAGGGCCGCGGCGGGGGCCGGCCCGGGCUGCACCCGCCGCCGCUGAGCCGGGAGGAGAAGCGCCGGCGGCGCCGCGCUACUGCCAAGUACCGCUCUGCCCACGCCACGCGUGAGCGGAUCCGCGUGGAGGCCUUCAACCUGGCCUUCGCCGAGCUGCGCAAGCUGCUGCCUACCCUGCCCCCCGACAAGAAACUCUCCAAGAUCGAGAUCUUGCGCCUCGCCAUCUGCUACAUCUCCUAUCUCAACCACGUGCUGGACGUGUAGCGCCCGAUGGACGCCCAGAGCCCCAGGAUCCCCAGUCCCGCCGCUCCGGGUUUGGCCGCGGCGGGCAGCGCCUUCCCCGGGGCGGGUGGCGGGGCGGGGGGGUCCCUGCUGCUUGUAGUGUCCCCCCGGAGGGCUCCCGCCCGGUCGAGAGCCCGCUUUUCGAAGAGAAGUGUAAAACCAGAUUGUCUCUUCAGGCUGUCAAGUGCCCCUUUAUAUAUAUCCAAAAACAUCUACUUGUGACCUUAAACGUGUGACCCAUGGGUGCAGUUAAAAAUAACUAUUUUUUAUUUAUGGUAGAAGGAGUUGACAAUUUAUUUUUUUUAAGAUUUAUUUAUUUUUCAGAGUGGUGGCGAUUUUACUUUGGAUACUUCGUGCCAAUUGGUUUCUAUAGUCGGGUGUUUACACUUUCUCCUGUGGAAUAUUAUGUUUGACUUUAUGAGUGUUUGUUGGGAUCAACACAGUGUUCAUUUUCUUUUCUUUUUAACUUAUUUUUUCCCUCCAAUUAUAUUGCACUUGUGUACUACAACCUCCCAUCCCUCCUUGUUUAUAAUAUAUUUUAUAUAUAUCAAUGCAUUUGACCUUUUUUCUUUCUUUCCUUGGGAUCAACAACCACUAGCACUUAACUAGGAGAGUUUUUUUUAAAAAAACUUGUUGUUAUUCUGAUCUAUAGUUGCGUCUGAAAAGUACUUUGCAAAUCGUUUACAAGGGAAGUAGUUUCUUUGUGAGUGUGCUAUAUAUGUGUGUGGGAGUAAGCGUGGGUGUGUAUGUGUGUGGUAUAUUUUUAGGAAAGGACUUUUUUUCCUAAAAAAAAAAAGAAAAAAAAAAGAAAGAAAAGUAAAUCCAGGACUGCUUUCCUUUGUGACAACCAAAAAAAUUCUAUUACCUUUCAUGUUCUUUGCUGUGAAUCUCUUAGAACAAGAAGCGCAUUUUAGGGACAAAAGAGGAAAAAAAAAACCCACAUCUGCUAUCCAAAGAUUUUAGUCUUUUUCAGGGUUUUUUUGUGUGUCUAUGUUGCUUUAUAUAAUGCAAUAUUUUGUAGUGAAAAUAGAUAAAUCUGGUUUCUAUCUGAUGCGUUUUUCAUAUCUCUCAUGAAUGGUGAGCGUUUUGCAUAUA